AUGGAUAUCGAAAAUAGUACGGCAGAUUUAGAUGUUGCAAUGGAGCGUGAAGAAGACAUGAAUGACGAAGAGGAAUCAGAUCAGGAAACAUCAUCAAUACAUGACACUGAUAAAAUGGAUUUUUCCAACAUGUCGUUGGAAGAUUGCAUAAAAUUUUAUGCUUUGUCAACAAAUCAGUCACACAUCGCAAUCAAUCUGCUGUCUAAUAUAUUAUCAGCUAACCUGGGACGAAGCCUACCAAAAUCUGCUCGAACUCUUCUGAAGACCAGGAGGAAUAAUGACGAUGUUCACAACAUUCCCGGAGGCCAAUUAUGGUAUUACGGUGUUGCUCAAAACAUUAGAAACUACUACAGGUCUAGCGUACCAAAUAUAACAGCGUUAUCCAUCAACAUUUCGAUUGAUGGAUUACCAUUGUACAAAAGUAGUAGAACACAGUUUUGGCCCAUAUUGAUGGAUAUUGUGGAACUAGAAAAUGCUCCAGUUAUGACUGUGGGUAUAUUUUGUGGUCAAAGCAAACCAACAAACGUCCAGGACUAUUUGAGAAAGUUGGUGGAUGAGCUGAAAGAUAUCCUGAUAAAUGGCAUUUUGAUCAAUUCUGCUCAAAUCAAAAUCAAUUUGCGUGCCAUUAUUGCGGAUGCACCUGCUCGAGCAUUUAUUAAGGGAUGUGCAUAUUUUAAUGCUACUCAUGGAUGUAUGAAGUGUACCUGCGAAGGAGAGUUUAGUCCCCUUUCAAAUACAACGACUUUUAAAAGCAUCAAUGCCCCUCUUCGUACUGAUAAAGAAUUUCGAGCCGGAGCUUACCCAGAUCAUGUGAAAGUAAUCUCUCCUCUUUUAGAAAUACCCGACAUCGAUAUAAUAAGAGAUGUCAUAAUUUCAGAAUCCCUACAUUUGUUUUACUUAGGUAUAUUGAACAGACUUUUAUUUGGAUGGAGAGAUGGCAAGUUAGGGAAAUGUUACAAAUGGUCUGGUAUGCAAUGCGAUAGUGUAUCAGAGCACCUAGUAGGUAUAGAAUUGCCAUCGGAAAUACAUAGAAGGUUUAGACGAUUAGAUGAGUUAAAAAAUUGGAAAGGUACUGAGCUAGCAUCAUUUUUACACUACGCUGGAUUGGUGGUUUUGAAGGUACUUCCAUCUGAAGCUUACGAACAUUUUCUGCUACUGUUUUGUGCAGUUACGAUGCUCUCAUCUGAUGAAUUUAAAAAAAAUUGGCACGUAGCUGGUAAAAUGUUGGAAACAUUUGUCAUCCAUUCACAGUCAUAG